AUGAGCAACAUCACUAUCAGCCCUGUCCACGGGGCAGAACCACGAUGGGGUUACAAGGAUUCGACCAAGGCUGAAUUUGUCGGUCUCUUGUCCAUAGGUGCACUUCUGGCAGCAUUGGGCAUCGGGGCCUACGUCUACGACACCGCCGUCAAGAUGAACCGGAUCCGAGACAAUGAUCAUGUAAAGGACACAAAAGUUGUGAAGGCUUGCAAGCUUUACAGAUCCUCGCAAAAGCACAACAUCAUUGCCAUGAUAUCUGUAUGGCUGUGUAUGUGCUACCUCUCGGCCAUGUCUUGGUUCAUUGUCGUUCAGAAGAGAGAUAUGGAUCCGCUAGCCUGUAUAUCCGCUGUUUCCCUGAGUCUUGGUGUUGCUUUCAUCUUUCAGUUGAUCGGCUCAUACGGUUCUUUGACCACGUUUUUGGAUCUGGCCAAGAGUUCGGAUACAGAGCUUGUCGACCGCUCCCCGCGCCGUGAUAAUGACGUCGAAGGGGGUUACUGCUCUGGGGGAUUGGGGACGCCUUAUUACUAG